GCAUUCCUCGACUCACGGUGGCAUCGUGCAACUCGGCCUGUGUGACGCCCUACUGCGCGCUGCUUAUAUUGGUGAAACGUCUACCGACAGCGGCUUGGAUCAUACUGUUCCGCAACCGCUCAGGAGUGUAGGAGAUGAGCUCUCUCGCUUUCCUUGUCACGGAGCUCCAGUCGCUCGCUAGUGAGACUCGGAGAAAGCAUCCCGAUGUGCGCGAAAAGAAAGUCGAUGAAUUCGCGAACACUUUACCACACAUCGAUGUUUAUCUGGUCGAGAACAUCGGGAUGUUCGCAGUGCCUCUACCCGCCUACCAUCAACUGGGCCUCACUCAUUGGCAUAGGCUGCAGAGAAGUCGUUGUCAAUCCUUCGCUCUUCUCCGGAACAGGCUACCGCCACCCUAGCUUCCGAUGGCCCGCAAUCUGACGACCUUCUGCGCCCCGUCUUUAUGGGUUGCGCAACCAAAAACGCCAAGGUCGUCGCCAUAUCCCUGGGGUCCCUCCAACGCCUCAUCGCGCUCAAGGCCGUACCACACUCCGCAGUCCCCCUAAUCAUCACCACAAUGGCGGACUGUAUGAAUCAGGGCGUCGACAUUCAACUUCGGAUCCUGCAAACGCUCCUCUCGCUCAUCACAAACUUUCCAGCUGUACAUGGACAGCUGCUCGGCGAUGCCCUCCUUCUUUGUUUCAGGUUGCAGGAGUCUCGUAUUGCAGUCGUGUCCUCCACUGCGGCAGCUACAUUGCGGCAGCUGGUGAUGUUCGUGGUGGACAAGGUCGUCGACGAAGAUCGUCGGGAUGAGCUGACAGAAGGCGCGAAGAUCGAGGCCGUUCUUCCGAACGGCACAUCGACAAAGCUGGGUCCCGCCGCACACGAUGCGUACGCCGUCUUCGAGGAUCUCUGUCUCCUCGCCAACUCUGAGCAACCACGGUUCUUGAAGCUCGACUCCCUACGCAAGACCUUUGCGCUCGAGCUGAUCGAGAGCGUCUUGACGAAUUACCAUGACCUGUUUCGCAAGCACACAGAACUACUAUUGUUGCUGCAACAUCACCUAUGCCCCCUCGUACACAAGUCGCUAUCGGAUCGGCCGAACUUCCCCUUGACGCUACGCUCGAUCCGGGUGGUGUUCCUGUUGCUGAAGCAAUUCUCGUCGGAACUGAGGACAGAAUCGGAGGUGUUCCUGAUGCUUCUGAUCAAGAUUAUCGGGGCAGACACGAGCGAUGCUGACCCCUCUGAGGCCGCUCAAGGUCAUACGCUCCGGCCACUGUGGAUGCGCGUUCUCGCUAUGGAGAUCAUGCGCGGACUAUGCAGUGAUGCGGAACUCAUGCGCAACGUCUGGGACCGCUACGAUGCAGAGGAGGGCGGCUCCAAGGUCUUCACGUCGCUCAUCACGGCGCUGAAGAGACUGGUCACGGAGCGUCCGGCGCUGCUCGGUGUGGGCCAGCAGAUGUUUGGUGUCGGCGUGUCCACGCAUCCGGGAUCGGGCGCCGACGGUGCGUACGACGUCGGGGGCGUGGCUGGGAUGGUCGCCAGUGCUGCAAGUGCCACCGUCACAGGGGUCGCGAACAUGAUGACGACCGAAGCGCGGUUGAGCGUCCAGGGCUCUGCGAUGAAGCUGCAGUGCAUCGAUCAGCUCGACAAGGCAGACUCUCCGCCAAUCCCGGAGUCUUACCUGUACCUCCUGGGCGUGCAGUGUCUUGUCUCGCUCUGCGAAGGCUUCGCUUCCUUCACGGCGCCCCUCUACAAUGCUAUCAUGGUGCAGAAGCCCCGCACAGCUGGAGAGCCUGUCGUCCGUGCGCCUCCAGCGCUAAAUCUCUCGACGCUACCGCAGGAGGAAGCGGCUACACACCAGCUGCGCACUGUGCACGAUAUGGUGGAGAGCGGGUGGCCUGCGCUUCUGGCGGCGCUCUCGUUCCUGAUCUCUACCAACCUCUCGGACGAGCUGUUCGUCGACGUACUCGCCAGCUAUCAAGCGUUGACGACCGUCUCGGGCAUGCUGGGGCUGGCCACUCCGCGCGACGCGUUCUUCACGAGUCUCGCCCGGCUCGCCAUUCCCACUCGCGUCGUGUCGAGCAUCGACUCGUACAUGCCCGGAGAGCCAAGUACGCCCCGUACCGCCGCCAGCGCCAUCACGGAGACCUUCGGCCUUCCGGGAGCGAACACGCAACCGCCGGGGUUGUCAGAGCGUAACAUGGCAUGUCUGAAGGUCUUGGUGGCGAGCGCGCUGUUCCUGGCAGGGAGCCUGGGCGAAAGCUGGUUUGAUAUCCUGGAGGCAUUGCAAAACGCGGACUACGUCCUCUCCGUGAGGGGCGCGCGGAACGCGAGCAGCAAGCGCAACACCGUUGGUCCCGGGGCUGGAGCUCUUCCGCCGUCUCGCUCUGUUUCGGCAAGCACCCCCUCUUCGCCGCUCCCUCCCGUGGGCACCGCCGCUCAGCAACCACGUCAUCCGCUCCUGGCGGACCUCGACCCAGACAGCCUUCAACAUGGUAUACAGCGGCUGUUUGAUGCGUCGAAAAAUCUAGAGGAUGGGGCGUUCUGCGACUUCGUCAAGGCUCUGUGCAAGCUGAGCGCGGCCAUGAUCGGCAUGCAGUCGGACACGCUAGACGUGGCAUACGAGUCGACGGAGGAGCUGUCUGUAGGUUCCAGCUCGACCUUGUCUCCCACCGCGGAACCCGCGCAUAGGAGGCGAGUGAGUGGGAUCCACUUACCUCGCACGCUGCGCAGCGGAGACUUCGGAAUCAGCAAGCUCGGUGGCGUGGCUAUGCUGAACAUCCAUCGCCUUAUUUACAGAUCUCCUGACAUUGCCUGGGACCCCAUAACUGGCCACCUGCUGUCCGUCGUGCGCCAUCAGCAUGCGCCCUCCACCAUUCGAGUCCAGGCAGCGCGGGUCCUAGACGAUAUUCUCGUUGUCGUGCCACGCAAUGUCACGACGUCUGGAGAGCUUCAGCCUGUAGUACAGCGACGGGUCUUAGACGUCCUCGCGCUACAGGUGGUGCCAGAGCCAACCGGGGCUGCGAUCAACACGACGUCGAUCGAGUUGCGACGUAUGGGCCUUGAGACCCUGCACCAAAUCUUGCAAUCAUCUGGGCACACCCUAGUCGUUGGAUGGGAGACGAUCUUUGAGAUGUUGAGCAGUGUGUGCAGGCCUGUCCCCGCUCCUCCGUCUGCGACUCCUGCGUCUUCGCCGUCUAUCCAAGCGUUAGGCAAGAAUCGACCCCCUCCCCUUGCGUAUCUCAACGAGAAGAACUACACCUCUCUUGUCAAGAUCGCGUUCCAGUCACUCACACUCGUUUGUGAUUCUCUGUCGUCGCUAUCUCCCGAGCACCUCCGUCUGUGUAUCAGCACGUUGGGCCAGUUCGGCCGACAAGCGGACACCAAUAUCGCAUUGACGGCAGCAGAGAGUCUACUGUGGGGCGUAUCCGAUUCCAUUCAGGCCAAACGCAGGGAUGAAGACAAGGAGCCCGAGUACAAUGCACUCUGGAUGUUCCUCCUUCUGGAGGUGCUCGGGCUCUGUACGGACGCACGACCGGAGGUCCGCGUUGGGGCCAUUCAGACGCUCUUCCGGACCUUGCAGCUCUAUGGCGCAACCUUGAGUCUCGAGACCUGGAACGAGUGCAUCUGGAAGGUCACGUUCCCUCUCCUAGAUUCUAUCACGGCUUCCAUACGGCGGAGUUCAUCUGAAGACGCCGUCCCCGCAGAAGAAUCAGCCGCACCUGCCACCCCAGCGCCCGAUCUACAAUGGGAUGAGUCCAAGAUACUUGCGCUGCAGUCCAUCGGGUCUAUAUUUCAAGACUUUCUGCCUAGCAAGAUCAUGCGACUGGAGUCGUUCACCAAAGCGUGGAGCGUCUUCGUCGAGCACAUACAGGACUCGUGGAUGAACGACAAUCGCUCGAUCACCGCUCCAGCUUUGCGUUGCAUGGAGAAGGCGAUCAAGGCCCUUUCGACAGUCGAGGACCUCAAAACGCGCGCCAUGGAAGCUCUCGAUGUUGCAUGGCGUGCAUGUGACGUGAUGGGGAACGUUGUUGCUGACUGGAAUGCAUCGUCCCCUGCAGCGAAGUCAGAAUCGUCGGCGAUGUCAAUGACCAAGCCGUUGACGCAGGAGAGUCUGAUGGCGUAUGUGGACGUCAUAAGAUGCACGCGAAGCAUGGGCAGAGGUCUUGAAGAUUGCGAAUGGCCUCUCGAGCGUUUGUCACGUUUCAUGACCAUCUUGAAAGGCGUCUUGACGUAUCCAAAUUCUCAUGACUUCAGGCCAGACAUCGACGCUUUAAGCCCUGUCCAGGCUGUCGUAAUGGAAGCGGUAGACAGCAUAGAGCUGACUGCGCAUGGCGUUAUCUCUCUCGUCCUUCGUGACCUCUCGGAAUACGCCACCCUUCCCUUCGUUGCAGCGUUCGAUGCCCAGACCGCGCCCCACAACGUAUCUGGAUCCGUAACCAAGCUUCCUCGGACUGCCGUGAACCGCGUGACCUACAUUGCAUUAUCAAAGAAGACGAUGCCCCUUCUUGUCGACCUCUUCCUUAGGUUCAAGGGUGACGCCGCCAUCUACGCCGAUGGUACCGUCGAGGCCUUAUUCGCCGCAUACUCGAUCCCUAUUAAGCUGAAGUAUGAAUGUCCUGCCCCGUCGAAGUUCGGCAAGGAUCAGCCGCUGUGGAAGACUGCGACCACAAGUUUCUUACGUGUCGUCAAGGAGUGUGGUGCUCAGAUCAGGUUAUUACAUGACGCUAUCCCGGCUGACCGAAUAGAAGGCAUCUGGCGACAGGUCGUCGAUACUUUCCGGGGUGGCAUUCUUGCAGACUGCUCCGCUAUCGAGCUCCUCCCUCUCGAGCUUCAAGAAGCCGAGGAAAAUUUCGAUCUAGCACUGGUCGCCUCCCUCGAGAUCGAUGUGGUCCCAUAUCUCGGCGAAAGUUCCGUCCCGGAUUACAUCGUCUCACAACUGGCCCGUGUCCUACAACAAGGAAGCCGUCUACGGUCUGCUGACGACGAAUUGCCGCCCUCUCCGUCUUCCCUGCCAGAUGUUCCCGUACCCCGCGUAGCGGAUAAGUCGAGUAUGAACCAACCAUCCCAGGACUUUUCCAAGGGAAACAAGUUUGGCGACGGGUACAUUGGCAUUGGUUCCACAUCUACAGGACCCUUCUUACCACGGGAGCGCUUUUCAUAUUGGUGCUUUGACUUGUUAUUCCUGAUAUGCUCAGAUACUUCGCAAGACCAGAUACCGUCGAGGAAGAGAGUAGCGGCCCUGAGCUUACCGUCUCUGCUUGAACGGUGCCGAAUGACUCUCGUUGAGUAUGUCGCAGAUGAGUCACUGCGAGGCAACUUGCCUUUCCCAAGAAUUCGAGAAGAAGAGCUCCUAUAUGUCUUGAGGAAAUUACUGGCCCUGCAACUUUGGCCCGGCACGCUGUGGGCUGCCUUGUCCGAUGCACCGUCGCAAUACUGUAUUAAGCAACCAGGCGUAGACUCGUCAGUUCCCCCCUCCACGCUCAUUGCUGAUGCCAUCAAGCGCUCCACGAAAGCGCAUUUGUUUCACUUCUACCCUAUCCUGUGCGAGAUCGUGGCUAUCCCUCGCAAAACCCCGACGGCAUGGAUCACCAUGGUGACUCGCUCUAUGUCAGACGCCGCCCAGCCGAAGUCGAUGGACGAACAUCCGACGACUAGCACCGCCGUGGAGGUAGAUGCAAGAACGUUGGUAAAAGACUGCUUGAAGGAAAUUGGGAGGGAGCUCGGAGUAGGCCGCUAGCCUGUGCAUAACUUGGUCUCUGCCGCUGCCCAUCAUCAUGUUACAGCCCAUCGCAAAUCAUAUGCUGUAUAUUCUCGUAAUAGUUUCGUCUCGUAAUAGUUUCGUAAUAAAUGGCUGC